AUGGAGAGAGAGAACAGUUUCUGUUUUGGGUCACUCGCAGUCAUUGUGAUUGCAGUGUGGGUACCGUUUUCAUUGGCUCAGAGCAGCGGACUGAAGAGCAAUUACUAUGCAGAAUCAUGCCCGGGAGCAGAGGAUAUUGUGAAAGAGCAAGUGUAUAAUCUCUAUCAAGAGCAUGGUAAUACUGCUGUCUCAUGGGUCAGAACCAUUUUCCACGAUUGCAUGGUUGAGUCAUGUGAUGCCUCGUUGCUGCUUGAUACGAGUGGAGGUGUGAUGUCUGAGAAGGCAUCUGAUAGAAACUUUGGAUUGAGGAACUUCAAGUAUUUGAAUACAAUUAAGAGAGCACUUGAGAAGGAGUGUCCUGGAGUUGUCUCCUGUGCUGACAUUGUUGCUCUUGCUGCCAGAGAUGGAGCUGUCAUGUUAGGAGGGCCUCGUGUAGAAUUGAAAACAGGUAGAAGAGACAGUAAGAAGAGCAGCGCGGCAAUAGUGGACAAAUACAUUCCACUGCAUAAUGACAGCGUCUCAAAUGUAUUAUCAAGAUUUGCCUCCAUAGGAAUCGACGCAGAAGGAGCAGUAGCGCUCUUAGGGGCGCACACAGUUGGAAGAACCCACUGUGUGAAUCUGGUAGAGAGGUUGUACCCUAAAGUGGAUCCGGCUCUGGAUCCAGAAUAUGCUGUGUAUUUAAAAGGUCGAUGCCCAACACCAAAUCCAGACCCAGAAGCAGUUGCCUACUCACGUAAUGAUCGUGGAACGCCCAUGAAGUUUGAUAACAAUUAUUACAAUAAUCUGAUGAAGAAUAAGGGCCUUCUGGUGGUGGAUCAGCAGCUGCACUUUGAUCCCAGAACCUCCUCUUAUGUGAAAAAGAUGGCCCAAGACAACCAAUACUUCUUCUCCCAAUUCUCCAGAGCACUUACAAUUCUCUCUGAGAACAAUCCUCUCACAGGAAAUAAUGGGGAAAUCAGAAAAGAUUGCCGGUUUGUUAAUGCCUAA